AUGAAGCCUUGGUGUGUUCUUGUUUCGGGGUUAAUAUUUACGAGUGCGAAUGGACGAAUAAUCGAGCAAGCCGUGCUGGGCAACGAUAAUCGGCAAUCGACUGUGGAAAGGGACAGCUUUGCGAUAUUUAACGAGGUCAACGGAUUAUUGAGGCAAUGGGGGAACGCACUUCGACCAAAUGGGUUCUCUGUAACACUUGCUUCGGUCCCCGCGCACACUCUGCUUUACCACGCUCGAACGGACCCUGACGAACCAGGCUCCCCAGAAUGGUUUGCCUUUGAUGCGGAGAUGUCCUAUGGAAUCUACGGCGGACGACGAAACACCUCUGUUUUUCUGCGCACGUACCGAACUACAUCUACCUUGGAUCGGCUGCUGUACUUCAAUGGCCUAAGUGCCGCCCUAACCUUCUCGGGAACAACCGACUCGCAAGAUCUCCUAGUUUCUAGCACCAUAUCGCAUCCGCUCCAAGACUAUGCGCGGGCUGAGCGACUAUGCGCUUGGGCAAAAGACAGACACAUCAAUGGGUUUGUGAGGACAAAUGCAGGGUUCGAGGUGCUCUUAUGCGAAAUAAACGGACAAGGGCUCGAGCUCGUGAAAAGUAUCAACGUUACGCGUUGGGCGGACGAAAUGGAUGACUAUUCGGAUAGGAGCGGGUCUGAUCGAGAUGGAGAGAAGGGGAGGAGACCAUGGCCGCCUCACCCCCCGCCUUCUCCGCCCUCCCCCAUCCCACACCUUCCCAAUGGCACCCAUCCCCGGUUUCCAGGUCCACCACGAGGAGAGUUUAACUUGUUUGCGCGAUAUGCGUCUUGGGAAUGGCUGCGCGCUGCUUCACACACAUACGAUGGGGUCGGCGGGGCGCGUGUACGACUUUAUCCGGGGUGGCACGUUACAGCGUAUGGAGUGCCAGACUCGGAAUCUGUUGAUCGCAUGGAAUCUUUGUCAAACCAGACGUUGGAUAUUUGGCGAACCGAGGUAGACCAAAUGGUUGGCGAUUCUAUGCACGCAUACAAGGAGAGCUCUGGAGUGGAUUGGCGAGAUGUGACGGACACGAUAGUCUCCCGGUACGCGGAUCGUUUACUCGAACUCAAGGCGGUCUUAGGUCUGGCGCGCCAGAAUGACGCAUAUACACCACUUUCUAAUUCAUCCUCUCACCUUAAACAUGCAUAUCGACUGGUUUCGAGCCUUUUACUUCCAUUCUUCGAUUGGAACGCUCCUAGAGAGGAGCAAAUUGAACUGUGUGCCAACUCAGUGUUCGUCCCUACAUUAGACAGGGUUAACCGGCACGAAUAUAAAUUGCGCACAGCGAUUAUGCAUGUGCACAAGUCGAUAUGCACCAUAUUAGUCGAUAUACAUAUCGAAUUGUCCUCCUCACCGUCCCAUUAUAUUCUUGACCCGGAUUCGCCGACAAACCUUGAGGGGCUCAUUGCACAGCUCGAUUGGUCUUUGUGGGUACGAUGUCCCGAGGUUUCGGGACGCAGGAUCACACGUCGUGGCCUGGACCUGGUGGAGACCACAGACGACCGGAACCUCAAUGUGCUAGUGCCCUUAUAA